GAGCCGGUCGUGCCGUCGAAGCCCCUGCGCGAGAUGAGCGUCAAGAACACGUUCAUCACCAUCCCAGAGGACGAGCUUGAGCCGAUGCAGAGGCCCAUGCGGCGAACUCAGUCCCUGCCGACGCUGGACCCCUCGGGCGACGACAGCAGACCCUCAGGGAACGGCGCCGGCUCCCCGCGCCCUGGGCGGGCGGCCGCGCUGCAGGCGGAGGCCGCUCGCCAGGGCGCGCCCGCCACGCCGCCCCUGCCGCCCUCGCCGCCCUCGCCGGUGCAG